AUGGGGUCCAGAGACAAGGAUCAAACGGCGCCGCACCAGCAUCAGCCUCUCCUGAGUAGCCUCGUGGUACGGCCCACCGACAGCGGCGGAGGAGCGUCCGGUGGCGGUGGUGGUGGUGGUAGCGACUACGAGCCCGGCGAGGUUCGUCGCGAUCCGCCUCUGUAUUCUCGAUCCGAUCGAUUCCCUGACGACAACGCUGUGAAUGUUGCCUGGUGCAAGAACUUGGGUGACAGGUUGGUUUGA